UGAGUAUAUAAAUACGAUAUGAUCGUGGUAACUCCACUCUCUGCAAUAAAGAUUUACAUUGCACAAAAUGAAACAUCUAGUGCUGUGCGCAUGUGUUUUGAUAUUUGCUUUGUCUAACGCAACAGAAAUACAACAAGAGAUCCAAAAUGAGAUCAAACUACGGCUUGAUUUAGAAGCUUGCUUGAUUGAAAAUGGUUUAAAUAACAGUGGCUUGUACAGUAUGAACGAAGUAUCCAUUAACGUACAUACCAAACCAGGAAAUGAAGAAAGAACGAGAAAGAAUGGCUGCUUUAUGGCGUGUGUUUUGAAAAAACAAAAUUUAAUGGAAGGAACAAACAUUAAAGAAGACGAAGUUAUUGCACGAUUAUAUGAAUUAACUAGGCAAGAUUUAAAAGUGAUAUUGGGCAAAAUUGUGCGAAAAUGCCUAGAAGAAAAGAGGGAUAUUACGCAAGAAUGUGCUAAAUGUUUCUCUAUAUUCGAAUGCAUAAUACAAACUAUGGAUAAAUUCCCAAGAGAACAUGAACAUGAAGAAAUCGUAACAACUGAAUGAGAAGAAACAGAAGAACCAAAUGAAAAGAAAUAGAAGUAAAAUCUGACGGAAUAAACACAGUUAAAUAUAGGGAUUAUAUUAAAUAUUAUUUGUGUAAUUAUUAGUAUAAAUUUAUAUACUACACUUUCAAUAUAACUUACAUUAAAUAAAAAUAUACGUACAUGUAUUCUUCUAUGUUCUAUUUUUAAUUUCUUGAAAUUAAUAAAAAAGCAGCAUAUAUAAAAA